ACUUCCGUCGGCUUCUCCUCAGCGGCGAUGGCGGCGGCGGCGGCUCGAGCGGUGCUGCUGCCCGCGGCGAGGCGGCCCCUGUGGGGUUUCGCCGAGAGGCUCGUGGGCCCCGGCGCGGCCAGGCGGCAGCCGCUGUGUUUGGGAGGGAGCAGACUGAGAAGCGCCCAGGCCGCUGCGCAGGUUGUUCUGAACGUGCCUGAAACCCGGGUGACGUGUUUGGAAAACGGACUCAGAGUGGCCUCUGAGGACUCGGGGCUGUCCACGUGCACAGUUGGGCUCUGGAUUGACGCUGGAAGUCGGUAUGAGAAUGAGAAGAAUAACGGCACAGCUCACUUUCUGGAGCAUAUGGCGUUCAAGGGCACCAAAAAGAGAUCCCAGUUAGACCUGGAACUGGAGAUUGAAAACAUGGGCGCCCAUCUCAACGCCUACACCUCCAGAGAGCAGACUGUGUAUUAUGCCAAAGCGUUCUCUGAGGAUUUGCCAAGAGCUGUAGAAAUUCUUGCUGACAUAAUACAGAACAGCACGUUGGGAGAAGCAGAGAUUGAGCGUGAGCGUGGCGUGAUCCUUCGAGAGAUGCAGGAAGUUGAGACCAACUUGCAGGAAGUAGUUUUCGAUUAUCUUCAUGCCACAGCUUAUCAAAACACAGCACUUGGACGGACAAUUUUGGGACCAACUGAAAAUAUUAAGUCUAUAAAUCGUAAGGACUUAGUGGAUUACAUAACCACACAUUAUAAGGGGCCAAGAAUAGUGCUUGCUGCUGCUGGAGGUGUUUCCCAUGAUGAACUGCUUGAGUUAGCAAAGUUUCAUUUCGGCGACUCUCUGUGUACCCACAAAGGAGAAAUACCAGCUCUGCCUCCCUGCCGGUUCACAGGAAGUGAGGUUCGCGUGCGGGAUGACAAGAUGCCCCUGGCACACCUUGCAAUAGCUGUCGAAGCUGUGGGGUGGGUGCAUCCAGACACUAUCUGCCUCAUGGUUGCCAACACGCUCAUUGGCAACUGGGAUCGCUCUUUCGGAGGAGGGAUGAAUUUGUCUAGCAGGCUGGCCCAGCUCACUUGUCACGGCAAUCUCUGCCACAGCUUCCAGUCUUUCAACACCUCCUACACAGACACAGGGCUGUGGGGACUCUAUAUGGUUUGUGAACCAGCCACAGUUGCAGAUAUGAUUCAAGUUGUUCAAAAAGAAUGGAUGCGACUCUGUACAAGUGUAACUGAUAGUGAAGUUGCACGAGCUAAAAACCUUCUGAAAACAAACAUGUUACUACAGCUUGAUGGUUCUACACCAAUUUGUGAAGAUAUUGGGAGGCAGAUGUUGUGCUAUAAUAGAAGAAUCCCUAUCCCUGAGCUUGAAGCAAGAAUUGAUGCUGUGAAUGCUGAGACACUUCGAGAAGUCUGCACCAAAUAUAUCUAUGACAAAAGUCCUGCUGUUGCUGCUGUUGGUCCUAUUGAGCAGCUACCAGAUUUUAACCAGAUUCGCAGUAACAUGUGCUGGACUCGUGGUUAAAAUGCUUGUAAUCAAAAUCCCUAAAGAAAAAGACAAAUGUGAAUGUGUUUGGAAAUCUCUGACCAAAAUGUCAGGGUAAGAUUACCACCUUGGUGAUUGUUUUGUGUAAGAUCAGUCUUAGUGCUCUGAGAAACUGCACUAGAAGCAGCACACAUUUAAAUUAUUACAUAAAUAUAAUUUUGGAAAUAAAAA